AUGCUCUUCUCUCCUGCUCUAACUCACUGCAUGGCUGCCCUGCUCUGUUCUCUUGCUCUGUUCCACUUUUCUGUUCCCCUGCUCUGUUUCCCUGCUCUGUUUCCCUUCUCAGUCCUCUUGCUCUCUUCUCCUGCUCUCAUUGUUUCCAUGCUAUGCGGGCAUCAACACGCAAGUCUUGCAGGUGCAUUCCCCUCUCCUGCUUGCUUUCCACCCCAUCCACCCCUGGUUCCCCCUCUCCUGCUUGCUUUCCGCCCCAACCGCCCCUGGUUCCCCUUCUCCUGCUUGCUUUCCACCCCAUCCGCCCCUGGUUUCCCCUCUCCUGCUUGCUUUCCACCCCGUCCACCCCUGGUUCCCCCUCUCCUGCUUGCGUUCCACCCCAUCCGCCCCUGGUUCCCCCUCUCCUACUUGCUUUCCACCCCAUCCGCCCCUGGUUCCCUCUCACCUGCAUGCUUUCCACCCCAUCCGCCCCUGCUUCCCCCUCUCCUGCUUGCUUUCCACCCCAUCCACCCCUGGUUCCCCCCUCUCCUGCUUGCUUUCCACCCCAUCCGCCCCUGGUUCCCCCUCUCCUGCUUGCUUUCCACCCCAUCCGCCCCUGGUUCCCUCUCUCCUGAUUGCUUUCCACCCCAUCCGCCCCUGCUUCCCCCUCUCCUGCUUGCUUUCCACCCCAUCCACCCCUGGUUCCCCCCUCUCCUGCUUGCUUUCCACCCCAUCCACCCCUGGUUCCCCCUCUCCUGCUUGCUUUCCACCCCAUCCGCCCCUGGUUCCCCCUCUCCUGCUUGCCUUCCACCCCAUCCGCCCCUGCUUCCCCCUCUCCUGCUUGCUUUCCACCCCAUCCACCCCUGGUUCCCCCUCUCCUGCUUGCGCUCCACCCCAUCCGCCCCUGGUUCCCCCUCUCCUGCUUGCUUUCCACCCCAGCCGCCCCUGGUUCCCUCUCUCCUGCUUGCUUUCCACCCCAUCCGCCCCUGGUUCCCUCUCUCCUGCUUGCUUUCCACCCCAUCCGCCCCUGGUUCCCUCUCUCCUGCUUGCUUUCCACCCCAUCCGCCCCUGGUUCCCCCUCUCCUGCUUGCUUUCCACCCCAUCCACCCCUGGUUCCCCCUCUCCUGCUUGCUUUCCACCCCAUCCGCCCCUGGUUCCCCCUCUCCUGCUUGCUUUCCACCCCAUCCGCCCCUGCUUCCCCCUCUCCUGCUUGCUUUCCACCCCAUCCGCCCCUGGUUCCCCCUCUCCUGCUUGCUUUCCACCCCAUCCACCCCUGGUUCCCCCUCUCUUGCUUGCUUUCCACCCCAUCCGCCCCUGGUUCCCCCUCUCCUGCUUGCUUUCCACCCCAUCCGCCCCUGGUUCCCCCUCUCCUGCUUGCUUUCCACCCCAUCCGCCCCUGGUUCCCUCUCUCCUGCUUGCUUUCCACCCCAUCCGCCCCUGGUUCCCCCUCUCCUGCUUGCUUUCCACCCCAUCCGCCCCUGGUUCCCUCUCUCCUGCUUGCUUUCCACCCCAUCCGCCCCUGGUUCCCUCUCUCCUGCUUGCUUUCCACCCCAUCCACCCCUGGUUCCCCCUCUCCUGCUUGCUUUCCACCCCAUCCACCCCUGGUUCCCCCUCUCCUACUUGCUUUCCACCCCAUCCGCCCCUGGUUCCCUCUCUCCUGCUUGCUUUCCACCCCAUCCGCCCCUGUUUCCCCCUCUCCUGCUUGCUUUCCACCCCAUCCACCCCUGGUUCCCCCUCUCCUGCUUGCUUUCCACCCCAUCCACCCCUGGUUCCCCCUCUCCUGCUUGCUUUCCACCCCAUCCGCCCCUGGUUCCCCCUCUCCUGCUUGCUUUCCACCCCAUCCGCCCCUGGUUCCCCCUCUCCUUCUUGCUUUCCACCCAUCCGCCCCUGGUUCCCUCUCACCUGCAUGCUUUCCACCCCAUCCGCCCCUGGUUCCCCCUCUCCUGCUUGCUUUCCACCCCAUCCGCCCCUGGUUCCCCCUCUCCUGCUUGCUUUCCACCCCAUCCGCCCCUGGUUCCCUCUCUCCUGCUUGCUUUCCACCCCAUCCACCCCUGGUUCCCUCUGUCCUGCUUGCUUUCCACCCCAUCCGCCCCUGGUUCCCCCUCUCCUGGUUGCUUUCCACCCCAUCCGCCCCUGCUUCCCCCUCUCCUGCUUGCUUUCCACCCCAUCCACCCCUGGUUCCCCCUCUCCUGCUUGCUUUCCACCCCAUCCGCCCCUGGUUCCCCCUCUCCAGACUGCGGUGCAUACGGCACUUGCGAUCCCGCCACACGAUAA